AUAUUGCUUUGUUUCAAUUUUGAAAACAUAACCAAACUUAUUGAAAAAUGUGCUCCAGCAACUUGUGAAUUAUAGUAAAAUUGAAUUAUAUUAUAUUUACGAUUCAAAUUUAUUCUAAACUGAAUCCUUAUAUUUAAAGCAUGUUAUUUAUUGUCAAGUGUGAAUAAUUUAUGCUGUGUUUCCGUUUGUCAACAUGUUUUCAUCUAAGACUUCUUAUCUUUCGUGCUAUUUUUAUAGAAACCAUAGAUAUUUUGAAUCAGUUUAUUUAAGACGAAUACCAUUAAAUAACUCUCUCAAUGUGCGCCGAAAUCAUUCUGUUCAAUAUGAAAUUGAAACUAAUCCAAACAUAAAAAAUAAAGAAGACUUCUAUAAGAUGAAGAAUGAGUUUAGGGAUAGAGUUAUAUUCCAUUCGUUCUAUAAAUAUGAAGGGUUUCAAGUCACCAAAAUGAAAGAAGAAACUGAUAGGAAGAUAAGAUAUCGAAUAAUGAGAAACAGGAGAAUUGUACCCGCUUCAUUGAAGUACUUAAUGGAAAAAAAGGACUUACAUUUACUAGGCGCAGAAGAUUCAGUGAAGGAAAACGAUUUGAGUGUUGAAUCUGUUGAUAAAGUAGUGCUGCCAUAUGAGGUUGUCAAAGUUCAAAAAGCCAUUACAAAAGAAGAAGAAUUGGAUGCUACUAAUGACAUCUUUGUGGAUGAGGAAAUUCAAAGAAAAGAUGCAUAUGAACUCAAUUUGGAUAAUAUGCGGGCAAGAUCUGGAAAAUGGAUGCAAGAUUAUGAGAACUUCGAAGACGAUGAAGAGGUCGAGUUGGACUUCUCGAAGUACGGCACUCCCAGCCUUGCGAUUCCAAUGAGCAAAACGCCUUGUGGGGGUUGCGGCGCGCUACUACAUUGUCAAGAUCCUGGUAUUCCCGGCUAUAUUCCCAGCGAGAUCUUCAUAAACUGCGAACCGACAGACCUGCUUGCCAUCAAGUGCCAGCGCUGCCAUUUUAUGGAGAAUUACAAAAUGGCGUUGACUGUGUCGGUCAAUCCGGAGGAAUAUCCACGCCUGUUGUCUCGCAUAAAGAAUCAGAAGGCACUUGUCAUAUUAAUGGUUGAUAUGACAGACUUCCCCUGCAGCAUAUGGCCUGGUAUACUCGACGUCAUAGGGCCGAAACAACCCCUGUUCGUUGUGGGCAACAAGGUGGAUCUGUUGGUGGGUGACUAUGAGAAGUGGGUACGCCGGGCCAGUCAGUCGCUGAAAGCUGCUCUGCCACCGGACGCCAAUGUCAAGCACAUGACGCUGAUAUCGGCCAAGACUGGCUUUGGCGUUGAGGAACUCAUCACUGAACUACACUUACAAUGGGAGUAUCAAGGCGACGUGUACCUGGUGGGCUGCACGAACGUGGGCAAGUCGACGCUGUUCAACGCGCUGAUCCAGUCGGACUACUGCAAGGUGCGUGCCUCGGACGUGAUGCAGCGUGCGACCACGUCGCCGUGGCCGGGAACCACCCUCAACCUGCUUCGUUUCCCCAUCCUGCGUCCGAGCGCGCACCGGUUGCAGUUGCGAGCUGAACGGCUGAAGCAAGCGCGCAUGAUCGCGUCAGCUGACGCGCGUUUGGCCGCGCUGCGCGCGCAGGGUUUGCCGGCCAAACGGCCGCAGUCGCUGCAGGGACGCAUCGGCCGGUCCUUCACCGAUGUCUAUCGUCUCCAGCCCGAUCUCGCCGAUCCGUUUGCAGCUAACCGUCGCACCAAUAGAAAAGAGAGUAAAUUUGGCCUGAAUCCUAACGAUCCAGCUUAUAGGGAUAGCAGAUGGUUCUAUGACACGCCUGGCGUCGUGCAACCAGACCAGAUUAUCGAUCUGCUAACGACCGAAGAGCUCGUGAAAGUACUACCGAGGACACCAAUCCACCACCGGGUGUACAUCGUGCGUGAAGGGGAGACAGUGUUCAUAGCGGGACUGGCCCGUCUCGACUUUGUACAAGGCGAUUGCGAAUCGAUGCGAAUGGUCAUCUUCAAAACGGACAGUCUGCCGGUGACAAUAUGCAAGACGGAACAUGCGGACGCCAUCUAUAACGACUAUUUGGGCACGGCAAUGCUGGCAGUGCCGUGUGGUGGACCGGACCGAUUAGCGGUUUGGCCGCGUCUGCAGCCGGCCGAUGAGAUCGUUUUGAAAGGCGUGUCGGAGAGGGAAUGUUGUGCCGAUAUUGUCCUGUCAAACGCCGGGUGGAUUUCGAUGGCACAACCUGAAGGCAAGAUUUGUAAAUUUCGUGCGUGGACUCCUGACAGGCGUGGCAUUCAUGUGAGGACUGUGCCGCUUCUGCGUUACGCUAUUGAGAUUCGUGGAACACGUGUUUCGCGCGCACCUGUCUAUAAUAGAGCUGUGCUUAAAGAGUCAAUGGAUGGUUGAAAGUAGGAAGUAGAUUUGGUGGUGUGUCCCUUGAACAUUGGAUGGGUGAAAGCAUAGAGAAAAUAUAGCACAAGAAGAUAUCCCAUGUUAUAGGUAUUUCAAUUUUAGAUAGCAUCACUAAAGCCGUGUCCACACUGAACAAAAUGAAAUGAACUUCUUCUUCUUCUUCUUCUUCUUCUUCUUCUUCUUCUUCUUCUUCUUCUUCUUCUUCCUCCUCCUCCUUGGCCUUCAUGUUUUGCUCUCUCUGCUCUCACUCCUUCUCCUUCCUUUUUCUCCGCCCAUUUUAGUCUCCCAUCUCACACUCUCUGUGAACGUUUCUCUUCCUCUCUCUUCUUCUUCUUCCAAGCUCUCUCUCACAAUCCGCUAUUCCCCGUCCUUUCUCUUCACUUUUCUGUUACUUUCGCUUUGCCACACUUCUUCCAGCUCUCACUGUUCUCUUUCCUUUCUUUUCGUCCCUCUCUUGUCUCCCUUCUUCCCCACAACUUUUAUUUUUCCCUCUGCUGUAACUCCUCUUCCUCCGGCAAGGAAGAAGAGUUUGUUGAAACAGUUUGGGCAAAUUUUAUUAUGUUUGACAAACAAUGUUUGCCCGUGACCAGUGUGGAUGCGUCACCAAACAAAAUAUUUGUAAGUGGGAAGAACAGGUUUUAUGUUUUACAGCUGUCAACUCUGAUAAUGUUUAGAAAAACAGUAAUUUUUUGUUAAACAACCAAUGAUUGUCUAAACUUUUUAAAAUGUUUGUCCCUGUGCUCCUCAACAUACAUGUUUGCCGAAAAUUUGUUAAGAACAUUUCUUGAGGGCUUAAGGGCCGUUUGCACAGUAACAGUUUAAACUAAAUUUCAUUUUAAACUGGAUUAAAUCCGUAUCAAGACUCGUUUGUUAUAAUGUGUUACAUUUUGAGUUUAAGCCACCAGCUGAUUAAAUUCAGCUUUAGAGCCUGUUCACAUGACAGCGAUUUACGUUCGGUUGUCGCGCGGUUGACAAACCGAGCGAUUGCCAGGUAUAAGGAAACACAUGGUGCCGUACACAUGCAUCGCUCGGUUUUAGUAGUCGCCGGCGAAUCGCGGCGGUUGUAGUCUCAGACUACAACCGCUCGGUUGUCGCUCGGUUGCCGGGCGGCUCGAUAUACUAGAGCAGGCAUGAGAGCGUACACAUGUCUUCAGUCAACCGAGCGGUUUCGAUCAGAGCAGUAAUAUAUGUUUAAUAGUAAGUACAUAGAUUAAGAUAUUAAGAUUGAGUACAUAGAUGUUGUACCUAGUUAUUAUUUAUCAUAACCGAGCGCAAACCGCUCAUGAAUCGCUGUCAUGUGUACGAGGCUGGCAAACCGAGCCAUUUGCCAAUCGAGCGACAACCGAGCGUAAAUCGCUGUCAUGUGAACAAGCUCUUAGCUUUGACUGUAGAAACGGUUCUAAAUCAAGUAGGCUACUAAAAAAAUAAUAGAUUGGACUAAAUCAACAAAAAUGUUUUUCACCUAAUUCACAGCAUAAUUUGAUUGUUUUUUCUCUAGUAUUGCCAUCAGACUUACAUACAGUAGCCUAUAAAAAUAUAGGUUUUCCCUACUUUCACCUUGAUUGAAUUGUAUAGUUAUA